CGCAAGGUCCCGCAACUGGCAUGAGUUUGGGAUCAUCCCGGAGUGGAAAAAGAGGGGGGAAUGAACAACACUCCGCCAGGAUUACGGUUGCUAAGGCCUCCUACGGUGAUAGGACAGUUCCACACCUUGUUCUUCGGCUCGGUGCGGAUGUUCUUUUUGGGAGUUCUUGGCUUUGCUGUCUAUGGAAAUGAGGCACUGCACUUCAGCUGUGACCCCGAUCGCCGAGAAAUCAACCUGUACUGCUACAACCAGUUCAGACCCAUAACACCUCAGGUCUUUUGGGCGUUACAACUGGUAACAGUUCUAGUUCCUGGGGCAGUCUUCCACCUCUACGCAGCCUGUAAGAACAUUGACCAGGAAGAGAUCCUCGAACGACCCAUCUAUACCGUAUUCUACAUAAUUUCUGUUCUCCUUCGCAUCAUUCUGGAAGUCAUCGCCUUCUGGCUACAAAGCCACCUCUUUGGCUUCCAGGUCCACCCGCUGUACAAGUGUGAUGCCAGUGCUUUGGAAAAGGCCUUUAAUGUGACAAAGUGCAUGGUGCCCGAACACUUUGAAAAAACUAUCUUCCUCAGUGCCAUGUACACCUUCACCGUGAUCACCAUAAUCCUCUGUGUUGCUGAGAUAUUUGAGAUACUCUGCCGACGGCUUGGUUAUCUUAACAACCAAUGACACAUUCGAACAAGCACGCAUUAAUGACUAAGGGUACAAAUAUAUGACACUAAUUCUGCCAGUUUUUAAUCAGGCUCUUGGUUAGCCACUGCUGAACUUUUUUUAAACAAAACAGGGAGCUGACAUAAGAGCCCAACCUCACCUGUAGUCCAACAAAUUUCAGAAUGUGCAACAAUGUCAGAGCUGGUAAGUCUGAAAUUGUCUCUGGUGGUUUUUGCCCAUAACUAUAGAGUGACUAUCCCUAGUGGUAUUUCAGAUAUCAGUGGGUUUGUACCGGCUGUGUCCGAGGUCUGCGCCGCUGACUCUGAAAUGUUGGGGAAUGGGUUUGAAGUUUUCAGUUUUUUUAAGAGAGAUUGAGAGACAUGCAUUGACUUCAGGGUGCUGCUAAAACCUGUAACUAUUGUUGAAUUAGAGCACAAGGAAAGCCCGGCUAGUCACAAACCAGGUCCAAAACAACUAGAGGUUCACCAAACCUUGUUCUUGGAGGUGUACCUCAUAUCUGAUCCUUCUAUAUACAUCCUGGAAGCCUUACCCUGAGCUAGUUAGGGCCUGGUUUACAAUAAAUGCAUCAAGGCUCAUCAAACCAGUUAGAUGUAGCUUUACUUGGGCACUUGGAGUUGGAGUGCCAACAAUGAACCCAAGCAGCUAUAUUUAAUGAGAUUUCUAAAGUUGCAGAACGUUUUGGUCAAAAGGCAUUUAGUCUCCAUGUAAUGUAACAACACAAAACAAUGCAAAUCCUUUAGCUAGUCACAUAAUUCUGCAUUAAAGUGCAGAUAAACACCAUUUUCUAGCUUGUCUUCAAGGUGCUGAUCAAACAUGACAGGCAGAUUAUCACUCGUCAUUCUAAAGAAACUGUGGUCCAGUACCCAUGUGCGAGUGAAUUUCAGGUGCCAUUGCUCCUGACACUUCGAUGUGCCAGAGUUAUCACUUCCAGUAUGUGUCUGUCGUUGCUUCCAGCCCGUUCUGACCUUUACUUCCAUCGACAUGAACGCCACAACUUCGUUGUGGGCUUUUGAUGGAGUUGUCUGCCUUUUCAAAUUUCUGUUUCAGAAGGUCUUAAACAACCUUCAACUUGACUUGUAGAAUUUCUCAAAACACCCAAUCUCAUGCGCCAGAUUUUUUUUUUUAAAUGGCUCAGAUUACAUCCAUGAUAUUUAAAGGCAUCUUCGAAAAACGAUGCGUCAAGAAAAUGGUUGAAAUGCUGUGUUUUACUCUUUGAGGGUAAAGAGCUCCCCAAAGAAUGUAAUCAUCUAAAAA